AUGCAGCGAGUACUGCAUAAGAAGAAAAAGAAUGAGCCCAAGACGGUUCAAGACACAAGUUCAGAUCAUGCUUUAUCACCUUUGCUUCCUACUUCUCAGUCGAAUACGACUUCAAUUCGUCGUCAUCCUACGACAUUAUACCAUUCAAAAAGUACUCAGAAUACACCACAAUUAUCUCAUGAUCAAGUUGUUGUAGGUCUUUCUGCAUCAAUAGAAGACGAAGUUGAGGAUUGGAGUAGUGAUUUUAUAUCAACGGAACGACAUUCACGUUGGAAACGACACGAGAAUUUGGAAAUUGGUUCUAGUGAAAAUCAAGUGAAACGAUUAAGUAGUAGUAGUUCAAAUGGAAUGAUUGGACAAAGUCGACGUGGAAGUGAAGUUGGUGGUUCAAGUAGUAGUAGUGGUCACGCUGAUGAAGAUGAGACUCGAAAUGUUCUUAAAUCUCAUUCAUCUUCACACUUUCAUCAUGAACAUAACGAGUAUCAACAUAGUGACAGUGAUGAAGAUUGGGAUCUGGAGUUUGGAUUUGAUGAUGAAGCUGAUUCGACACUUGGAUCGUUGAAAAAUAGUAUGGAUCCAACAAGAAGACGAGCAGAAAAUGGAAAUUUCUUUUUACCAAAUCUUCAUGACGUUUUAGAUGGUGAAAUGUUCCUUGAUGAUGACGAAUUAGAUGAUGGUAUGGGAUUAAAUUUUGAUACAAGUACGAGACAACAACGUCGAUUAUCAGAUGAACCAUUGUUUCAAAAACGAAAGAAUGAAUUACAUCAAUCUCCAGCAAGUGCUGAUGGUAGUUCUGAUGGGAUUCGAUCUAGUAUCACGUCGAUUUCAGCUACAUCAUCAAGUUCAGUCGAGUAUACAUUAGUUGACAAAUUACGACUUUUGGAUGUCGCAAAUUCAUCUGCUUAUGCUGUCCGAAUUGAACGAUAUCCAAAACCAUCGACUACAUUUAGUCAAUUAGAACGCGAUCGUUUACAUUUUCCAACUUUAAGUGAAAAUCGUUAUGAACAAUGGUUAAUGGAUCUUAUUGUACCUCAAUGUACUAUCGUAUCUCGGCACAUGGAACUUGAACAAAAGCGAUUACCACCACCACGACAAUUAAAGAAUCAACAAUUCUAUGCAUUAGUUUCAUUACCAUUUGGACGUGAAUUUGUUGACAUGUUCUUCAAACAAAUUUGUUAUUAUCGUUACUUUGGAGAAGAGAAAGAAAAUCGGGAAUUGCUACGAAUGUAUUUUGAAAAAGUAUCAACAACUGGAAUGACAGAUGAACAGUGGGCCGAGAAAAUUUUACCUCUUGACUUGGAUUAUGUUGUUGGGUGUAGUAUCGAGAUUUUGCAAGAAGCAGCACGAUUAUACGGUCCAAAACCUGACACUCCACUUGCAACUCACUUAUCAUUGUCUAUGCUUUCGUCUGCAUCAUCUGCAUCAUCAUCUCAAGGUAAUAAAACGACAAUCUAUUGGAUUCAACAAUUUCAAGACAUUUUAGUACAUUGUGCUGAAGCAUUUCCGAAAGCUUCAAAUGUUGUGGCAUUGCUUGAACUUCGGUAUGUUUGUCAUCAUUUAGCAGGAUUUGCUAGUGGGGAAUACCAAUACAAAUGGCAAAUUUGUAAUCAAUUACCAUCGUUUCGACCACUUGAACCAGUUAUUGGAGACUCAGCAUCUCAAAUUGUGACCGAAGUUCUUCAAUACUAUGGUGCAUUGUUCCAACAUCUAAAUACAAGUCCAGACAGUCGCAGUCAUCGAUACACAGGGCACAAUUCAUCAAGUGAAAAGCUGAGUUUCCAAACCGAUAAUGAGAUACGACAGUAUGCUCUUACAUCUGAUGUUAUUUGUUUACAAGCGCUUGUUUUGUGUGAUAUCCAGAGUUUAUACGAUAGCAAAAGUGCAUUGGCUGAGAUUUCAUUACCAGCACUUGAAGAGCUUUUGGAAUUUGAAGACGAUGAAGCAACAGUCGAUCCAAGUCUCGUGGGUCUUUUACCUUGUUGUCGAGAUAGUCGAAGUAGUUCAUCAUCAUCAACUACAGAUCCCCGCGAUGGCGGUUAUGAGCGUUUUGAUUCAUCGAAAGGAUUGGGUGGAUGGAGUGCGAACUCCAAACUAUUUGAGCUCUUGCGACCGUCAUGUCGUACCCGAACAUCAGCUUUGACUUUCUUUUAUGAACGAAUUGCAGCAGCAAAGUUUCCACUUAUAAAAGCCAAGUGUGCUUUAGUCCUUGCAACGAUGCACGUGUGUAAUGCAUCUCAUGGUAACUUGCGCGUGGCUGAAACACUUGCUUACGAAGCUGUGCGAUUAUUGGAUGUCUGUUCUAAGCAAUUAAUGGUUCAAAUCUCUAUUACAUCCUCUCGACGCAGCCGCGAUAAAUCUUUGUCGGUCUCGUGUCUCAGUGUUUUUAAUAACGAUGGUCUUUUAUCCGAUUUAGGUCGUGAAGCAUUGGAAUGUCUGGGAAAUAUCUUGAUUAAAAAUAACAAGUAUCGAUAUGGUAUAUUGUGUUUGGAAGCUGCCGGGACGCUUUUUAGUUUCUUAAACCAAGGCUCUGAGUAUGAAAAACUCGAUCGGUUGUUAUGUAAGCUCACGCUUGAAGCUGAUGAUGUCCAUCGAGCGUUACCACUACACGAGAAAGUCACAUACGCUGCGCAGCGACAAGGAAAUAUCACAGUUUACGUUUAUUUAACUCAAGAGAUGACUAAGUUGUGGAUUCAAGAAGGCAAUUUUACGCGUGCUGAAGAAUAUUUGGCUACUGCAUGUCAUUUCUUACGUGAUCACACGAAUUUACUUCCACCACACUUUUUAUCAUCAGCCAUCAGUGCGAGUUAUUCAAGCAGUGAAGCACAUUCAACUCGAAGCGGCACAAUGAUGACGGCCACAUCAAGCUCAGUAUCAUCUUCCCUUUCGGGUUCAUUUUAUUUGUCAUCACGAAGUACUGGAAACGCUAAUGAAGUGGACACGUGGCUUAAUCAUGACAUUAAUCUACAUUUACUUGUUCGGGAUGUGUACCGUUCUAGUGGUCGUUGCUUAGAGGGUAUGCGGGUAGUGGAACACCUUUUAAACUACAGUGCACGACUACCACGUGGAAAACGAACACAGCUUCGUAUGCUGCUCGCUGAAGACGCUUUGAAAAUGCGUAUGUUUGAUACUUGUCGUCACAUGUUUUCGCUUAUGGAACGAGAGGCAACUGCUUUUUGUGAUCGACUACAAGAGAACAUCAAAGGAUUCACUACUGGACCAGGAAGUAGCAGUGGUACAGGGCCAGGUACAAGCAGCAGUGGUGGCGGCAGAAGUUUAGGCGGUAUGGGUAGUGAAGCUCGUUACUGCUUUGAUAUGUCGUUUACUCUGCGGUACAUUGUUUGCCGUGUCAAAAUGUAUAUCAAACUACGGGACUUUCGCAAUGCAUACGCUUGGCUCUCAUUAGCCCAUGUGAAAAAUGAUCGUGACAAUGUACGGAAACAAGCUCAGCUUCAUGUCUUGGACGGCAAAGUGCUUCGUGCGCUAGUUCAAGAGGAGCAAGAGCGUGGAAGUGAGUCUCGACGCGAUACUGAUGCACGAGCUAAACGAGGACGCACGAGCUCUUCGUUUGUUGGAACCGUUGUGUCUCCUUCCCAGAUCGAAGAGAUGCUCAAGCCUUUAGGUGUUUCAUUAUACGGUUUGAACCAGGAUGAAAAAUCACGUCUGAAUGAGCGAAUGCAUCAUUUUGUCGCGUGCGUACGUGAUGUUAGAAAGGCCGAAGAACAAGCGCUUGAUGCUUUCUGGACGGCUUUUGAUCAAUAUCGAUUGCUAGACGACAGUCUUUUUCAGCUCAAAGUUUUGUUGGAGAUCGUGUCAUUUAUAUUAUCACCUAUUCAGCGCUCUUUUCUGGCGCUUGGUAGUAACCAGGAUGAUGAGAUGCUUAAGUCUCAUUUGCAACGUCGAAGUUCAGACAAGGAAACAAUAAGCGCAUUGGAAGUGAGAGAUCUUGGAGGUGAUGAUACCGUUGAAAAGACCCGAAAGACGCUUCUGGAAGCGCAAAAAUUGCUCCGUUCAGCUUUGGUUCUGGCUGAACAAGUGGCGUACCCCGCAUGUUUUUUACAAACGUUAAUUUACUGUAGUGAGGUAUGGGUUUGGCUUGAACGUAUUGCGUCGUACAAGAGCGAGAAACAUCUCAAAGAAGCAACUGCGUUUUGGGAAGAAGCUGUGCGUGUUAUGAAAGGUGUGUUUUUUCGUCGUGUAGCAUUUCAUGACAUCGCCGAUGCACAAAUGUUACACUCUUCUGGAUUUAAUACGGACUUCGCAAUGCCCAAUGCUCGUGGAUUGAACAAAGGAAGAUUUUGUGUGGUACCUAUUCUGAAUUUUAGUGAAGGCUUCAUUGUCAAAUUAGAAGCAAUGACGUUGCAACUCAUUCUUGCUGCCUGUCAACUUCAGCAAUUUGAACGUGUGCCUGAAUACGUGGAAGAAACGUUACUGACGCAUCUGGACGAACUUCUAAGUGCGCGGAUGUGUCUUAGUAGUAUCGUACAUCAGCUCCAAACGUUUCGGGCUAAUCAAAAGUCUCACAAACGUUUGCCUCCGAGUGGUUCAGCAUCAAAUCUAGCGGCAGCUAUUGCUGCGCUACCAUCGGGCUCUAGUCUCUCUAUCUCGAGUGCCGGCAGUAGCAAUUCCAGAUCGUCGUCUUUCUCGAGUGUAAUUCCCAUUCCAUCGCCUCAGCGAAGUGCAAGUGGUAGACAAAUUCCGUCUACGCCAUCUCCAAGAAGUGCUGGCGUUGCAGGAGGCAAACGAGCUAGUCACAAGAAAAAUCAAUCCAUGUCGUCUAUUUCUGAAAUGUUAACGUCCAAUGCACCUUCACCGUAUCAUGACGGUGCAGGUUUGUAUGGAUUUAAAAGCUCAGCAACACCUCGAACAGGUUUGGCCUCGUUGAGUGAGCGACCAAAUGUUCCAACAUCUUCUGGAAAGGUGGGUGCUGCUGUGCAAAGUGGACAUACUUUCAAGAAAAAUAGCGAACGAAAAUCGCGACGGUAUACACGAGAACGAUCACGGUCCGCUCCCCAGCCAGAGGUACCCGCGUACUCGUCCCCACGCGUCGAUUUAUUGUCAUCGCGAACUGGCGACGGACAUGAAUAUCAGGAAAAAAGUAUUCUUGUUGCCACCGAGUCUGAAGAGAAGACGGACUUUUCGCUGAAGUCCACAUCGUCUGUGAAAAUAAUUGAUCUUAGUGACCUGCAAACGUUGCCAUCAGGUGAAGAAUUUUUGCUAGAAAGAAGCGACGCAUUUAGACGGGACGAAGGUAGUAGUUCGAAUGGAGCGAUCGGUUUGUGUGACUUUGAUGAAGUCCAGUCGGAGAAGCUGUGGUGGAUCUUUAACUUGUGGCGUAAUGCCAAAUCGAAAUACGUGGAAGGAAAGAUUGAAACGUCGGCAUUUCGAUCGUCCAAUUUGCGGUAUUUACGCACUCUGCUCGAUGCGUUUGAUCCACAACAAAUUGCAGUUCUUUAUUUUGGCGGCGCUGACAACAUGUCAACAGAUUCUGUCGUAACACCAGGUGGAACUCGAGUUGUUUCAGAGGGAAAUUCUGGAAACCCAAACGGAAUGCUAGAUUUUGAUGUUUCGCGUAUAAAUUCACACGCAUUGAUCCAAGAUCGACAAUUGGUGCUAUCGAUUGGAUACGAGUACUCACGGGAAAUGCGAACAACUUUCGGCACACAUCCAAAACUUCAGUUUAAAGUUUUCCGUGUACAGGAGGGCGAUACAAAAGCUUGGCGUCAGGAAAUUCCACGACCGGAUUGGUAUCUUUCCGAGUACGACAUACUUGAAGCGGAAGAUGCUGCUGUUGGCACAGGUGUAUUACGCACAAUGCGUCUUCUUGGUGCCAAAUUAUUGGUGAAACUUGUGGGUGUGCUUCUGAUGGAUUGUUCCGUUGUAGUCGUUGGAAACUCGUACCCACAGAUUCAAGAAAUGACGACAAGCUUGUUGAAGCUUCUUGAGCCAUUUCGAUGGCAACACACGUUCUUACCGUUUGUGCCAGUAACAUCGUGGCGAUUCCUCUACGAUGCUAUGUAUCACCACGCUCAGGCGGAGCUGGCGACACGACCAAAGAGCCGUCGAUCAUUUUCUCGACUUUCGCACGAUUGGCGAGCUUGGAGCACUGGAAGCGGAAGCAGCGCAGGAGGGAGUUCGUACUCUUCGUCUCGUGGUAGUAAUGAGAGUCUUCCUAGCGGUACUUUGAUGUCGAAUGAGAUAGUUGAGGAAGAACCUCCAUUUUUGCUUGGUGCAACAGCUGACACGUGGCAGAAAUGCUGUACAUUCUCGAGAAAAUGUGGUAACGAUCCACGCCUUUUGUCGUCAGGUGUGGUGGUCGUGAAUCUGGAUGACGUGGACGCGCUUGCAACGGAUAAAAUGCUUCGGAAUGCCGUGCCAUUGCCGAAAAAGUGGCGAAGACAGUUUUUGGAUCGAAUUGAAAAACUUACGAGACAACGCCACAAGAUGCGUUUGAAAAUGGGUAACCGGCGGGCAACAACUCCCACUUCUGCUUCCAACGUGACAUUUAUUCGCUCUCCUCCAGUGACGGACGGAGCGUUUCGAAGUUAUGACGAUGCUUUAAACACGAGUCGUUCAGGAAAUAGCUGGAUUAUGUCGGUUUCUACUUCCGAAUCAGAUAAUCAUCAUCAUAUACAGUCCGGCGUGCACUCAUCAGUUGUCAGUGAGCUUGACGACAGAAAGCAUUAUGACUCGGAGUGUGCGGCCGCUUUCGUUAGUGGAUUGCGUGACUUUUAUGACAAGCUCUUAACAUUGUGUACAGACAAGGCAAAAGUUAGCAAAAAGAAGAAAAAGAGUUUGAGCACUAGUGGCCAUUCAAAGCGACAAGAGAUCAAAUCGUGGUUCUCAUCCUCGCACGACUUUGAUGCGUUUGUUGAUCAUUUCUUAAACUCGGAUCUACUUGAAGCGUUUGAAAAAGAAAAAGCUGCUGCAAAAGAAGAAAUUCAUCGAGGUUUGAAUCACCUCGAACGUCGAUCCAGCGAGUACGAAGUCAGUUUGACAAGUAGUGGUAGAAGUUCGCGGGCACUUGUGAGUUCAUUUACACCACAAUUGAAAAGUUUUGGAAGUUUAAGUAGUUUAUCCACCAGCAAUCGCACGUCAGGUGGUGGUCAAGAAGGAAAGCGAUGA